UGCAAGCCCCAAGCAUGGUGAAAUAUUGAAACAAUAAAGAUGGCUGCUGAAGAUGAGUUUGUCCCUGAAGAGAUCGAGGGAGAGUGCACCCAGUGUCACAAGGCCCUGACCACUGUUGACAGACUACUUAAACCUGCAAUGGCAGUGAGCAAAUCAAAACUGGAGGAGAAUCUGAGCCCUCUUGACUCGGCCUCACUGAUGCUACUGUUUGCAUACAGCAUGAACUCUCUAUUCUGGGUGUAUCUGACAACUCUGGGGAUAAAUCCACAAAACCACCCUGUCAAAGGAGAGCUGGAAAGAAUUCAGAAGGUCAUGAAGAGAACCAAAAGUAUUGGUGACAGUCAAGAACCAGCUGGUGUUCGACUGGACAAGGAGGUUGCUGGUAGGCUAAUCCGAGGUGGACUGUGGGAGGGUGAUCAAGAUGGCAGCACUGGAAAGAAGAGGAAACACACUGACAGUGAAUCAACACCUGACUCUAAACGUAUUCACAAUGACUGAAUCAAUUCAUUUCCUUAUUAAGUUGUAACACUUCACAUCAAUUGAUUUUGUUGAUGUUGACUUGUUUGUUUGAAAACUUCCCAUUAUGCUAAUUGA